AUGCCCAACCCGAAGAUAACAUUGACCACAUCACCUAAGAGGCCCUUCUCUGCAAUCAGCACAAGCCACCCUCGCCGCUCUAAUCCGUCGCAAUCCAAGUCGCUCCCGAAGCACAAGAAGGUCAAGAUUGAGCAGGAAAACGGUGGCUCUGGAGCGCGCCCACUUUCAAGAGAGGGGCAGACAUCGCCAAGUCUCCCGCUGGCCGAAAGCCGGGAUUCCAGCAGUGAUCAGAGCGCAGCGAAGUGGUUUGCAAGCAAGAACGAGAACGUGGCUGAUUCUCAGGACAAGAGAAAUGCCCAUGAAACCGAGUCGCCUUUCUACCUUGCCCGUCAGACUAGUGGCCACCCUCCCAACAAUCUCCGAUCGCACAAUGAGGAGAGCUUUAGCCAAAAGGCAAGAGAUGACACUGAGAAUGAUGAGUUGCGAGGGGUCAUCGACGAUCUGACUGUGGAGAACAAAAAGCUGAAGACCGUUCUAAGGAGCUGGCACAGCCGGACCAGCCCACCGAGCAGUAAUCCGGACCGUGUAUUCGAGGUUCGGAUGCAUGGGCUGCCUGCCGAGAAAAAGAGAGAACUGGAAGAUAUAUUGAUGAAGUUUGCAACAGGAUUGGGGGAUUCGCCAUCACAGCCAAGCUCAACAGCUCCGGUGGAAAAGUCGGCCUCGAGUGCCGGGUAUGCAGCCGAAGCUGCACAGAAAGCCCACCAAGACCCGACCCCUGCUGACUCUGGCUACGCGUCUGUAUCGAUGUCUGGCGGCAACUCGAUUUCACAAGCUGGUGGUCUCAAGCUCGGGGACCGUACGCCAGUGUCGAAGAGCAAAAAGGAUACAGACAUCCAGAACUACUUGUAUGACAUUCCGGACUCGCUGCUCCCUCGAGAGACAACUUCCGUCAGCGAGAACGCCAAGAUGCAGCUGGUGGUACAGCGACUGGAGCAUUUGUUCACUGGCAAGAGGGCCGCACCUGGGGAACACAGUCUGCCUCUUCAGCAGCAGCAGAUAUCUCGCUCUGCGGCCAAGGCUGAUCGACGAGAAGACCGUAGACUCAACCGGGCUUCGAAAUCAGAAGGUUUGCGUGAAGCUCACAUUCUGCCUCCAGACUCCAAGAUCAACUUGGACGCCGUUGAGGUUAGUGGUCAGCGAUCGACAGACCCGACCACAAUCGGAACACCCGAGCGCCCUGCGUCUCCAGAUCAACGUCCUACUCGACCACUGGAUCUCGACAUUCAACGUGCUCAAGUUGCUGCAGAUAACAUCGACUACCUUCGCCAUCUGGGACUGUCGUCGCCGCAGUUCGAAGACGAUACCGAAACCAAAGAACAGCCCUGGAUGUAUCUCAACCUGCUGGUCAGCAUGGCUCAACUGCAUACCUUUAACGUGACUCCAGCGUUUGUACGCAAAGCGGUGAAACAGUUGAGUACAAAAUUCGAGUUGUCGAAGGAUGGACACAAGAUUCGUUGGAGGGGUGGUGGCCCUGGAGCUGGAUCUUCGAGACAAGAAAGUCCCGAGUCGGUGCCACACCGCGCAUCGGAUGAUACCGGCGACGAUGGAGGACGUCGAAGCGGGAGAAGCACUGCAAGCACACUCAAUAAUUUAUCCGUGUCGGUCUCCGACCAUAGGGUCGCUCCAACCAAGUCGAGCAACGCCUCAAAGAUGCUUCACUCGACGACGAACUCCUCGAAUCCCGCCAAUGUCCAAGCAUCAACAACGAUGUCCAAGUCGACGCCAAGUUCUUCUUUCAAUUAUAAGCCCGUUGUCUUCCAGCAGAGGAGACCGCUCCUAAAAGCCAGGGGAUCGUACCUCGACUCUUCCAGCUCAUACGACGGUCUGUCGCCAGACUCGAGCGGCAUAGCCCAUGCCCUAGGGCGGUCAAGCCUUAAAGCCACCGAGGAUGCGUACGAGGGCUACAUAACUUUUUUCACCAAUCCCUACUUCUUUACGGAUCUAAGUGGCGACAAGUCCCCCAUUCCUGAGAAGGGGAGCAAUCACAAAAUGUUUCGAGAAGCCUUGGGGAUUAUCAGGAAAGAAAGCCCACUCGUCGAUGAUACCUUACGAGAUGCAAGGGCUUGUUACUUUCUGAGUCCACGUCCUCCAAAGCGUACUAGUUGGCCUUCAAAUAUCCCCGAUGUCGAGAUGCCAACGACACCCAUCACGAGUGCCGGCGAGUACGAGACUCAGCCGAUGGAGCUUGAGGCUUCUGGUGUCGGAGGAGUCCGACCCGAAGAUAACUUCGCCCUCGAUGUUCGCAUCGCCAGGAUUAGAAACCCAGACAGCAACGCAAGCGGGAAGAAAAGGAGUGGUGACCGACCUGCUGCACGAUAUUCGUACCAUGUGGCAGAUUGCAAUAUGUUAAGCCUUCAGCCCUCUCGUCUACCGCCACCCAGCUACGUCUUCUUCAUGGCAAGUUCAUCAUCCGAGGCGGAAAAGGGUAAUCCGUACGACGAUGAUGGCAGUGAAGAGUCCUCGGAAGGGGAGUAUUCGCCGGCACCAGCUGGAUUUCUCUGGCAAUGGUCGUCCAGCUCCAACGAUCGGCAAGGCGGCGAUGACGAUGCUUCUGAGGCGAGCUCGUCACUUGGUGUGCUCCAGGCAGCUCGCGCAAGGAUUUUACCUGGAGCUGUCAAUGAGACUCAAGGGGCCAUGAGUGGUAGUCUCGCUGCCACUGCCGGUGCAAGCUGGAGUGCUGCUUCGAAUGCGGCUGAUCCCGACCUUGAUGCGGCUCAAGACUUGGACGAGGGGUCUGUGGACUCGAUGCUCGUUGAUUAA